GCUCUGACAUCCUCCGCCCUCUGACGCCUCACUGGAUUAAAGCACAAUGUCCCCUUCCCACUGUGUCCGACCCACAGAGAGUGCACAUCCACUCAGAUAGGAUGCUUGCCGCUUCCAGCACCCUGCAUCCCCUCCUGCCCAUCACCACCUUUUCCUUCUCCUUGCGUGCACCUGCUCUUGCCAACAGUUCCAUCCGGGCCCCCAGGCUCCACCCUACCCCACUCCAACAUGGUGGGUGAGGUAACCACCAUGAAGGAUGAAGUCAUCACUGCUAACACGCUGGCUUGGCUGGUCUGCUCAGGUGUGUCCAUCCUGGCCAACACUUGGAGCAUCCUUAGCGUCAGCGCCAAGCAGAAGAAGUGGAAACCGCUGGAGUUCCUCAUCUGCACACUGGCGGGCACGCACAUCCUCAACAUGGCCAUCCCCAUCACCAUGUACUGUGUCAUAAUGCUGCGCCGUCAGCACUCCAGCUAUGAUUGGAACGAGGGGCUGUGUAAGGUCUUUGUCUCCACCUUCUACACUCUCACACUGGUUACCUGCUUCUCCGUCACCUCGCUGUCUUAUCACCGUAUGUGGAUGGUCCGCUGGCCUGUCAACUACAGGUUGAGUAACACCAAGAAGCAGGCAGUGCACACAGUGAUGGGCAUCUGGAUGGUCUCCUUCAUCUUGUCCACGUUGCCAGCUGUGGGAUGGCAUGACACCAUCGACCGCUUCUACACUUCCGACUGCCGAUUCAUCGUCACGGAAAUCGGCCUGGGCUUUGGCGUGUGCUUUCUGCUGCUGAUCGGCGGGAGCGUGACCAUGGGUGUCAUCUGCAUCGGCAUCGCUCUCUUCCAGACCUUCUCCCUCCAAGCUGGCCACAACACCGAUAAGAACAAGUUCAACGUGCCUACCAUCGUGGUGGAGGACGCGCAGGGGAAACGCAGAUCGUCCAUCGAUGGAUCGGAGCCUCUGAAGACAUCGCUGCAGAUCACCUACCUGAUCAGCGGCAUCGUCUUUAUCUAUGAUUUCCUGACUGGCUUCCCCAUUCUGGUGGUGAGCUUUGCCAGCCUGAAGUACGAUCGGUCCUACAGCUGGAUGGUGUUGUGCGUUCUCUGGUGCUCCAUCGUCCAGUCCAUCUUAUUACCCAUGUUCCUUUGGGCGUGUGAUCGCUAUCGCGCAGACAUCCGUAUGGUGUGGGAAAAGUGUGUUGCCAUCAUGUCCAACGAUGAAGUCGAUGAAGAAAACAGCCAAGAUGGAGGAAUUCAUGCCGACUUAAUAUAUGACAGACCAUAUGACUAUAGCUCGGCGCCUGAAAUCAUGACGGUAGACCAUAAUGCCAAGUAUGAGUUCUCGACCUUAGAAAGGGGGGUUCCGCAAGGGUAUCCAUUGAGGGAACAACAGGAAGAUAAAAUGCAGUACUUGCAGGUGCCCCCUACAAGAAGAUACUCCCACGACGAAACCGACAUGUGGACCAGCGAGCGGAUCCCCACCUUUCUUCACCAAUGGGCCUGUACCGAGGACAUGAUAGUGACUGCCCACUACAGCUCCACCUUACCGCGCCACGAGAGGCGCAGGAGCAGCCUGGUGUCCUACCACGAGGAGAACCACCACCAUCGCCACCCGCAGCGCAAGCGGCGGCGCUCUGAGGACAGCCUGCACUCCCUCAAACACCUGCCAAGUGUGGUUUGCAGCGGCGAGUGUUAUGAGGACGAGCAGCGCUGCUUUAGCCGCGACGAGGUGAUCAAUUUUAUAGACGAGACACCGCUGCCGAGCCCUAGGAAGAGCCCGCGGCGCGCAUCCACCAUCUCACUUAUCCCCAAUAUUUAUGAGCAGCAUGCUGUCAUUCUUCCUCACUUCCCGCUCACAGACUUUGAACGAGAGCCUCAGGCCCUGAAGCGACUCUCCGAACACAAACGGAGCAGUAGUCGAGGCAACUCGCCCGAAGGCUCGCCCAAACCAGACCGAUCUGCCGGCAAGAAGAGCCCCGGGGGUUCCAGGCCCGCAAAGGGCACCCGGGAGCAUCUACGAGAAGGGAAGCGGCACAGCAAGGCAGUGUCACCUGGAUGGAGCCAGCACGCUGUGGAGCAUUCUCCCCGUAAGAACAGGACAGACCUUGGGGGCAGAGCUGGGGGUGAGUGGGGACACCACAAGCACAGAGCUGAGAGCAAAGGAAGCACAAACAGUUUAGGGGCGCCUGUGGCGUCCUCGUCCGGAUCCGCCAGCUAAAGGCAGCGUGUGAAUAACAGCGUUAUUAC